AUGCCGCCCCAAAUCAAGCAGGAUCUAAACCGCUCGGGAUGGGAGACAACGGACUUCCCUUCGGUUUGCGAGAGCUGUCUUCCAGAAAAUCCCUAUGUUCAAAUGAUUAAGCAGGACUAUGGCGAAGAAUGCAAGGCAAUAUUCAGAUGGAAGGCCGACCGGACAGCACGCACCAAACGCACCAACAUCUGCCUCACUUGCGCCCGCCUCAAGAACUGCUGCCAGUGCUGCAUGCUCGAUCUGUCCUUCGGUCUGCCCAUCGUGGUCCGUGAUGCCGCAUUGAAAAUGAUAGCGCCCGGCCCACAGAGCGAAGUAAACAGGGAAUAUUAUGCCCAGGAACACGAGAAGGAAAUUGAGGAAGGACGAGGCGGAGUAGAGGGUUAUGAGAAGACCGACGAAAAGGCUAGAGAGCUUCUCAGGAGAUUAGCCAACAGCGAACCUUACUACAAGAAACAGCGGCGAAUUGCUCCUGCAGAUGGCGAAGCUGCUGGUGGGGAAGGGUCGAGUUCGGUUUCCACUGCGUUGGCGACGAAUGGCCCCGGUCCGAUACGAACACGAGAUAGCAGGGGUGGGGUGUCAUCGCGGGGAGCAGGACGGGGUGGGAGAGGUGGCAGAGGGGGAAGGACAUUCCCCAGUGCAGCUCAGUUGCCUCCUUCACAACAGGAUAUACUACCACCGGCUGAUCACACCAUCACGUCUUUAUUCGUCACUGGCGUCGAGGAUGAUCUUCCUGAAUACAAGAUCAGGGAGUUCUUCACUCCUUACGGAAAGAUUCGAUCACUUGUCUGCUCGCAUAUGUCGCAUUGCGCUUUCAUCAACUAUGCUACGAGAGAAGCUGCAGAAGCUGCUGCUGAGGCGCUGCAAGGAAGGGCUGUUAUUGCUGGGUGUCCCUUACGAGUGCAAUGGGGAAGGCCAAGACCUAUUGGGACUAUGGAUAAGGACGAGAGGAUGGCUACCGGCAGAGAAGGACGUCAUGCUUUUGCAACUCCCUCAGCGAGAAGCAUUGAAGGUGGAAAUAGGCAAGGGGGAGCUCAAGCGCCACCUGAAGAUGAUCUGGCAAAGAUGACCGCGGUUGCUCCUCCACCUGGCGCGGGCGAUGUGCAAUAUGCUAGUUUAGCUGGGAACUAA